AUCGGCAGCGUCCCCGGCAGGGCAGGAUGGGGCAGCCCCGGGCGCUGCUGGCGCUGCUGGCGCUGCUGGCGCUGCUGGCGGCGCGGGGGGGAGCGGCUCCCCUGCAGCCCGGAGGGACCCCCGCGCUCACCAAGAUUUACCCCCGCGGCAGCCACUGGGCUGUGGGACACCUGAUGGGGAAGAAGAGCAGCGGAGAUUUCCCCGACGGCUUCGAAGAGGACAACAAAGCCCCCUUUUCGGGCAGCGUCAGGCGGCUGGAAGAUUAUCUGCGGUGGGAAGACAUCUCCAAACAUUUGCUGCGGCUGCUGGAGAGGAGCGAAAACAAAAGCGCUCACUUUUUCAGAGGAGGGUCCGGCAGGAACGCCUGGGAGGCAGAUGACAACAGCAGCUGGAAAGAUAUGAUGGACUAUCUGCUUCAAGUUGUGAAUAUGAAAGAGGGCGCUCCCAGCUGAAAGGAGGCCUCUAAAUCACCGAGAAAUCCAAUACUUGCCGUAAGAGACUUAUAUUUCACAAGCACUCGAUCGUACCAGAUAAUAAUAAUAAUAAUAAUAAUAAUAAUAAUCAACAAGGUCUCUUUUCUGUACACAAAAAAUCCCUCUGUGUAAAAACACCGAAAUCCACAUAUUCUUCUACUUCAACUCUCUCUACUUCAUUUUCGAGGCUGCAUUUUCUCACCUGAAUGGCUUUGAUAUAAAUAUAUAUAAAUAUAUAUAUCUCUGUCUCUCUCCACACGUGUGAUUGUCACGGAAGGGUCUUCCAACGAACUACACGAUUUACCUGAUUAAUCAGUCCCUACCUGAGUUGGAAAUGACAUUUCAGCACCCGCAAUAAACAGUACUGAUAGAAA